AAAUUUCCUGUGAAGAAACAGUAGGUACAGAUCCUGGGGCUCCAGAUGUAAAAUUGGGGUUAUUCCCUAUCCUAAGUAACUUGAUCAGUCCCCCCAAGUCAUUCUUUUUCAUCUUCUAAACAGAGAAGGUAGCAGGAAUCAUUGUGGUGAGAGGUUUGUUACGGAGGCAGCAAUGGAAGGGAUGGGUGGGGGAAGAAGUUUGUAUAGAAGGUGAACCUGGCCAUUCCCUGAACUUGGUACUAGCUGUGGCCUUAGAGUCCAGGGCAGGAAUCUGGUCUGCCUCGGCUUUAGGAAUAAAUACUAUGUUGGGAGCAUGGCCUCGUUUGUACCUCUGUGAUUGUCUGGCUGGACUUGGUAACCUAAUCACAUCUGUGAUUGGAUAUAGUGAGGUUUCGGUGUUCCCAAAAGUUGGGGAUUACCUCUGGGGCUGAUGCAGGGUUCCCUUCUAGCAACUGAGCCUGCCAGCACUUCUGAACCCCACUUACUCAUUCAGCUAAAGUUUCUGGACCUGCCAGUUCUUGAGAAAUAGCAUCCAACAGGGUAAAGCCCCUGGGCUGUGGACUUUGACUGCCUGAGUUUGGACCUUCUUUUUCUUUGUACUCCAAUUACUGGGUGGCUGGCCUUUGAACUAACUACUAAUUUAAUCUCUGCUAUCUCCAGAGCUGCUGUGAGUGUUAAAGGAUGUAGAUCAACAUCUGGCUUACAAGACAGGGUUUUGCUGUGUUGUCCAGGCUGGUCUUGAACUGGGCUCAAGUGAUCCGCCCACCUUGGCCUCCCAAAGUGCUGAGAUUACAGGCAUCAGCCACUGUGCCCAGCCGAGAGGGCCUGUUUAAAUGACAUGUGUGAGACCUGAGAUGAACCAGUCAAGUGAUCAGGUAGGGGAAUAUUUCAAGCCAAGAGGACUGUAUGAAGAUGGGGAAGAGGUGAUGUCUAGGGAUGGGGGCAGAUGCUGCAAGGCCUUGUCAGCCAUGGAGAGGAGUUUGGGUUUGAGUCCAAGUGCAAUGAAGGGUCGCAGAAGGGUUUUGAGUAAGAGAUGGAUCUCAUCUGACUUGUGAUCUAAUUUCUCUGGCAGGUUUUUCUGGAGGGCUGGCAAGAAAGUUAGGAAAAACAAUGUGUUGUCAUCCACAUGAGGGGUCAGGAAGCUUAGACCACCAGUAGUAGUAGGGAUGCAAAGAAAACUCACAGUUUGGUUCAUCACACCCCCCACUCCACCACAAGAGUGAGCUCUAUUAGAACAGGGACCCCCGGCUCCCUUUGAUAUGCAUUGUGUUCUUGGCACCUAGAAUGGGGCCUGCACUUAAUAAGAUGGAUGAAUAGUGGUAUUUAAUGAGAAGAUACUUAAGAAGAGGCAGUUUUGGAGGAAAAAAAUCAAAUAAGAGCUCAGAUAUUUCUUAAAUACUGCUUUUUAUUUAUCUUUUUGAGGUGGAGUUUCUCUCUGUGGCCCAGGCUCCCAGGCUGGAGAGCGGUGGCGCGAUCUCGGCUCACUGCAACCUCCACCUCCUGGGUUCAAGCGAUUCGCCUGCCUCAGCCUCCAGAGUAGCUGGGACUACAAGCACCCGUCCCCCACGCCCGGCUAAUUUUGUAUUCUUAGUAGAGACGGGGUUUCUCCAUGUUGGUCAGGCUGGUCUCAAAACUCCUGACCUUAGGUCAUCUGCCCGCCUCGGCCUCCCAAAGUGCUGGGAUUACCGGCGUGAGCCACCGUACCUGGCCCCAACUGUCAUUUUAUUUGUCUGUGUCCAGCGCAGGGAUGCAUCGCCUCCCGUAGGCUUGGCACAAUUAGUGGCCCAGGGUAGGUGCCUAGUAAAGAUGGAUUUCUGCCACAGCACAUUAUAGUGCUAAAAAGAGAGGGUUUUUUUUUCUCUAGACGAUCGGGCCACGUUUUGGUGUGACCACUAGGGGGAGACGUGGCACCGGCGGAGCGCUCGCCAGACCCAUUUUUCCGCUCCUUGCGUCCUCGCACAGGGCGGGGCUCGUACCUGACGCCCGGCUUCUGGGCCUGCUCUCGCCCUACUAGGGAAAGGGGUGGCGCUCGGCUUUCGGGCGUGGGCGGAAAUUGCCGAGAAUCCUCGGGAGCUUUGGGAAAAGACAGCGCGCCGUCGGCCCCGCGGCGAACCGGAAGUAAUCGAAGAAGCCCCGGAAGUUUCGAACUACCGCCGGCGUGCGCUCCCAGGUAGAUUGCAGUGCCGGUUGUCAUGGAGCCGGUCGGGCCCUGUGGCUUCUGCCCGGCGGGGGAAGCCCAGCCAGCGCGUUACACCUGCCCUCGCUGUAAUGCGCCCUACUGCUCGCUGCGCUGCUACCGGACGCAUGGCACCUGCGCAGAAAACUUCUACCGUGACCAGGUGCUGGGAGAGCUCCGCGGCCGCAGCGCCUCGCCCAGCCGCCUAGCAAGCGCCCUACGCCGGCUGCGUCAGCAACGCGAGACCGAGGACGAACCUGGGGAAGCAGGCCUCAGCCCCGGCCCGGCGUCCGGCGGCCUGUCGGGACUCUGGGAGCGGCUGGCGCCGGGCGAAAAAGCUGCCUUCGAGCGGCUGCUGAGCCGCGGUGAGGCCGGGCGGCUGCUGCCUCCAUGGCGGCCGUGGUGGUGGAACCGCGGAGCCGGACCGCGGCUUCUGGAGGAGCUGGAUAAUGCCCCGGGUAGUGACGUCGCGGAGCUGGAGCCCACCCCUGCGAGGAUCCCGUCGGAAGCUGUGAAAGAUGCCUCCGCCACGGAGCCCGCGGCCGCCGAGCGGGUUCUUGGAGAUGUCCCGGGGGCCUGCACGCCCGUCGUACCCACCCGCAUCCCCGCGCUAGUCAGCCUGAGCCGCGGCCCAGUCUCACCGCUCGUGCGCUUCCAGCUGCCCAAUGUGCUGUUCGCCUACGCGCAUACUCUCACCCUGUAUCAUGGCGGUGACGACGCGCUGCUCUCUGACUUCUGUGCCACACUGCUCGGCGUUUCCGGAGCCCUGGGUGCCCAGCAAGUCUUCGCCUCUGCGGAAGAAGCCUUGCAGGCCGCAGCCCACGUGCUGGAAGCAGGCGAGCACCCGCCAGGGCCCCUGGGCACACGAGGGGCUGUGCACGAGGUCGCCCGCAUCCUGCUGGGCGAGGGCCCGACCAACCAGAAAGGCUACACGCUGGCAGCACUGGGGGACCUGGCACAGACCCUGGGCCGUGCCCGGAAACAGGCCGUGGCUAGAGAAGAGCGAGAUCAUCUUUACCGGGCCCGGAAAAAGUGCCAGUUCCUCCUGGCCUGGACCAAUGAAAAUGAGGCGGCCCUCACACCCCUGGCUCUAGACUGCUUCAGGGCUCACCAAGCCCAUGCUGUGGCAGCCGAGGAGGUGGCCGCCCUCACUGGGGAGCUGGAGCGGCUUUGGGGAGGCCCCGUGCCACCUGCCCCAAGAACUCUCAUUGAGGAGCUCCCUGGCUGAACGGGUUACCCUGGUCGUUAAUAAAGCUGUGACUGGUA